GCAACACUAACGCUGUCACAAAUUUGACAGAAGUGAUCCCUAACCCCACAAACGUUCCAAGCGGCUUCCCUAAAUUCCGUUAGAAUGUCUGCCGAUUUUUACAUACGUUACUACGUGGGCCACAAAGGUAAAUUUGGGCAUGAGUUUCUCGAGUUUGAGUUCCGUCCCGAUGGUAAAUUGCGUUACGCCAAUAAUUCCAACUACAAGAACGACACAAUGAUCCGUAAGGAGGUUUAUGUGCAUCAGUGCGUGAUGGAGGAGCUCAAGAGGAUUAUUAUCGAUUCGGAGAUAAUGCAAGAAGACGAUUCGUUGUGGCCGCCACCGGAUAGAAUCGGUCGUCAGGAGCUUGAGAUUGUGAUCAAUGAUGAACACAUUUCGUUUACUACCUCGAAAACUGGGUCUUUGGUCGAUGUGAGUCAGUCGAAGGAUCCCGAAGGACUGCGCUGCUUUUAUUAUUUGGUGCAGGAUUUAAAGUGUUUGGUGUUUUCUUUGAUUGGAAUGCAUUUUAAGAUUAAGCCAAUAUAAGCGUAAUUUUUGUAAAGUAAUGGUGAAAAAUAAAAGUUUUGAUAAAA